AUGAACAUGCUACUUUCAAUACUUGUUCUUCUUUUGUCCUCCACACUGCUCACAUCGAGCUUGCCAGUACCGGAUUCUCCAAAUCCGAGUACCCAUAUUGCUUAUGCUCAAUUUACAGGAGUUGUUACGGGAACGAUCAACUUUCGUGAGGAUGGCAGCCAAACAUUUACAAAUGUUAUUGUUCAAUUGUACUCUGGAUUGACAAAUCUUACCGGUCAAUAUGCGUAUCACAUUCAUCAGUAUCCGGUACCAAAUAGCGGUGACUGUAACCUUACCGGAGGCCAUUUAUCGCCAAGCGGAUAUCCGGACGGUGCACCGUGCGAUCCUAAUAUCCCCAAUCUUUGUCAAGAGGGUGAUUUGAGUGGUAAACAUGGCAAGCUCCCAGGUUUCCCGUCUGGACAAAUAUUGUAUAGACAGUAUCAAGAUCCUUAUUUAAAAUGGGUCAAUCCGACUGACACAAUUUUUGGACGAUCAGUCGUUAUUCAUUAUCCUAAUGGCACUAGAUACGCUUGCGCAAACAUAUACGCAGGCUAUCCAGAAUGA